UAGGUGGGAGCAUCUUGCGACGGGGGCUGCCUUGUUGUGCGCGGCCUGGUCGAGGCUCCGGAGCCUGGAGUGAGUCGGUACCAGAUGCCGGUCGACACCAAGCGAGUUCGAGGCCCGGAGGAUUCGCAGUCGCCGCUGCUGUUUGUGGCGGGAGAUGCGGCUCCGAGCGCGGUGCCGGGCCGGGCCCGGGUUCGGGCUGAUGGGCGGUCAGCGGCUGAGCCGAGGCCGGUGUUUGCUCGGGCCGGCCUGGUGAGUCAGGCGGACGGCUCGGUGUACGCCGAGUGCGGCCUCACUAAGGUGCUGUGCGCCGUUUACGGGCCCCGGGAGAGCGACAGGAAGGAGGAGCGGCGCCUGAGCGGGGCAACCCUGGGCUGCGAGUUCAGAUUCGCCCCAUUCUCUUGCAGGAAGAGAGCUGCCUGGAUUCAGGGCAGCUUGGAGAAGGAGUAUUCUUUGAUCAUGGAACAGAGCUUGCAGCCAGCUAUCUGCCUCCACAAGUACCCCAGGUCCCAGAUCGAAGUGUACGUGAUGGUUCUGGAGAAUGAUGGCUCCACCUUAGCAGCUGCUCUGACUUGUGCUUCCAUAGCACUGGCAGAAGCAGGCAUCGAGAUGUUCGACGUGGUGGUGGGCUGCUCCUUGAGGCAGUGUGGAGAUGUCUCCCUUCUGGACCCAACAGCAGCCGAGGAGUACAGUGCAGCCUGCUCACAGGCCGUAAAUAAUGGCAGCUUGACUGUGGCUCUGCUGCCCACACUCAAUCAAAUCUCUGGGCUGGUCUCGAAAGGAGAGUGGGAGGAGCAGACAUCAGUAGAAGCAAUCAAGGCUUGCAUUGAGGGAUGUCAGAAGCUGUACUCUGUAGUCCAGCAGUGUCUAACCAAAUCAGUCAAGAGGAAAAUCCCACAGCUUGUCAGUAAAGAUUAGAUGAACUUUUAUUCAUGGACAUUCUAGUAAAUGCUUUCUUUAAAAAAAAAUGUUUUUUUACUGUUCCAUUUACUACAUUUUAUACAAGUUGCAGAAUAUCCUUUGUUAAGAUUUAACUAAAAUUGAACCACCACACGGUAUUGGAUUGAAGUGUGAGGUUCAGCUCUGUCUAUGCUGAGUUGCCUGAUCUGCAGUGGUGCUGAAGUUGAGCUUCAGUGCAGGAAGGGAUAAUCGGGCCAGGGUUCCUGAAGCUGAUUGUUCAGUCUCUCCUGUUGGAAGUGUGGGACGUUGGGCCUCAAUUCCCUGCUGUCUGGUCUUGAGCAGUGAGGGUGGAGUUGUGCUGCAGUAAAACUUGAUCUCCGGGUGAAGAAGAGAGAAUAUAUGCAAUUCAAGCUAAAGUGGUAGGGGACUUUGCCCUCACUGCUUAUUUUUUGCCCUGCCACAGUAUUUAUUUCAGUACUUCCUCACUGAACAGAUUUCAACUCUGAGGGCCUAAGGAUUACACAGUGCAGUCUGUCUGGGAUCAGUCAAGUAUUUAUCCUUUCCAGUCCUUGUGAGUUAUUAAAACAAGCAGUUUAUUUGGUGCAUACAUAUCUUCUCCAACUGGUACAAACACAACACUGGAGGAACUCAACUGGUCUGGGAGCAUCUGUGGAGAGAGAAGCAGAGUUUAGUUUUGAGUUUGGUAUGACCUCCUUCAUACUCCAUGUUCUCCAAUUGGUCCCAUAUAGAGCUCUUUCUUCUACUGUGGGUAGAGACAAGGCACUCUUGGUACAGAGAAUUUACAUCCAGUGUCGUCUAAGGCUUUUGCUUUGAAAUGGAUCCCAGCCUGAUGAAGUGAAUGGUUACUGGUUUAAGGCCAUUCUGUUAAAUGAGCUUGGGGAUAGUCUCAACUUGGUGGUCAGUGGCUAUCAGCCACUGACAGCUGUGAUGAAUACUUCACCCAACUGCAGAAGCACAGUACAAGGCAGAUUAACGGGCACAGCUCUUUGUUCCUCUCCCAACUUUGUAAUGUGCUAGACCUGGACACCCUUGGAUAUGAGUGUUCAGGGUGGGAAAUGUCCAUCCAGUCUAUUCAUUCACUAACUUGUCUGUUUACUAUAUUUUUUUAACAAAUAAAAUCAAAAUUCUUGACCAUUC